UGUGUGAAAAGGUGGUGUUUGUGGUUUGUGCAUAUAUGUGCAUUAUAGUAUUUAAACCUGUGUUCCUCUGUGAGAAGAGCUCAGUGUCUCUGAUGCACCAUGGCUCUCCCCCAACUGGUUCUGCUCACCUCUCUCCUGUCUCAGAUAGGACACUGUGCUUAUGUUAACAUGGGCAUAGUGAAUGGCUCGGUGGCUAAAGCUCAUUCCAGACCCUACAUGGUUUCUGUUCAAAAAGAUGGAAAACAUACAUGCGGGGGCUUCCUUGUGUCUGAGAACUUUGUCAUGACGGCUGCACACUGCUGGAAUCCAGGAACAAAACUAUCUGUUGUAUUGGGUGUUCAUGAUCUAAAAAAGGACCGGUCAGCUUUGACACGUACAGAGGUGAAGCUUUACCACAUCCACCCGAUGUAUGACUCUGAGAAUCUGCUUGGUGAUAUCAUGCUGCUGCAGUUAAACAAAACCAUCAAAAAGACAAAGGAUAUCAGUUGGAUUACGAUACCAAAAAAACAGAAUCAGGAUGUUAAAGCCAACCAGGUUUGCAGCAUAGCAGGCUGGGGGAAACAAUCUGACAACGGUAGAUCAAGUGAUCGUCUCAUGGAAGCCGAUGUCACUGUUAUGGACACACAGAUCUGUGAGAAACAAUGGGGAGAGCCUUUCUCUGUCUCCAGUGUGGUGUGCUCUAAGAGUCGUGGAGGGUUUUGUCAGGGAGACUCUGGAGGUCCUUUGGUGUGUAAGAACACAGCCGUCGGUAUUGUUUCAUUCUAUGAGGACGGAAAGUGCAAAACACCACGGUUGCCCUACGUUUACACCAAAAUUUCCAAAUAUCUGCCUUGGAUAAAUUGUAUUUUGGGACGAAAAGAGUGAGCACUUAGCUAUUAUUUCAUAUGCUGUGUUUAAGCCCCUCCCCUUUUUUCAUGAAAAAAAUCUUAAGUCAUUGUGUGGGUUUGUAUUUAUCUCUUGUAUUUGAGGCAGCUACACUCAUAGAGAGUAAAUAUGCGUUUACUCUUAAAAGGCAAUAUACAACAGAGGUGCAGCAAAAGAACCUCACGGAUAAUUUUGUCACAUUGUGCUUAUAUGUCUGCAAAUUACAAUGUCAAAACUAAUAAUAAAUUAAUUCAGUCAUUUUUAAUGUAUUUAU